AUGCCAAAUUUACUUCUAAUCAUUACUUAAAUUAAUUUAAUAUCUAUUUUAUUGAAUACCUCAAUAGCAUAGUAAUCUAAUAGCUGCUCAUUUGGUUGUAUUUAGUGUUAAACUUCUCCUAUUACGCCUCUAUAGCCAUAAUGUACUUUAUGUGAUGAUGGAUUCACUAUAAAUAAUAACAAAUGCUAAUUUUAGAACUGUCCUUCUAAUACAUAUUUAUAAAGGUAUUCUUUACAGUAAAAUGGCCAAUACUAGAAUUUAGAUUUUUGCUAAGCGAUUUGCGAUUUUUCAUAUAAUGAAAAUACAGCAUAAAAUACUUGCGAUUAACUACAAAAAUGCUCUGUUUCAUACUUAAGUAAUUAAAGUAUCAUAAGUCUAGGUAAUAUUCAAUCAAUCUAUCAAAUAAAUGAAAAGUUAACUAUGAUUGUUUACCCUAAUUUUUUAAGGUUAAUAAAUGCAAUUUCUGGAUAAUAUUUAUCUGAUAUAUAAGAAGCUUCUACCAUUAAUGCUCUUUACUUUCAGAAUCUUCUUUUCAUACUUUCAAAUUCUAAUAAAGUAAUAAGAUGGGAUUUUGACUUUAAUUUCAAGACAACGAUUGCUUAAAUUUAAUAAGGAAAUCUAUCUAAAAAAUCAUAGCUAUUUGAUUUGAGCAAUGAUGUUUUUGCAAUUUCAAGCUAUGAUGAUAUUUCUAAAAUUAUUUAUUUUACUAAAAUUUCUUUGGUAAAUUAAUUGAUUGGAUCAGAUUAAUCAUUCACCGCUUUUACAUAUACGAAUUGCUCUUUAAAAUUGGUGAAUUCUUUAAUUUUAUGUUUUGGAUAAGAAAAUAAAUUAAUUACUAAAAGAUUAACUGUUAUUUAAUAAUAAUUAGCAAUAUAAGACAUUCCUUAGAAUGUUAACUGUAAAAACUUUAUUUUUGUAUAAAACACAAUACUUCAAUCUAUCUUUUUAGAUUUCACUGAAUCUUCUGAAAUAAUAAUCAUAUAGUAACAAGUUUAAUAGCUGAUUCAACUUUCUUAUAACAAGAUAAGCUAAUCGUUCGAUUGUAAAUUUACUAACUUGAUUGAUCAACCUAAUAAAAUUAGAUUAGUUGAUUUACAAAAUAAAAAUUAUAUUUUGGCUAUUAAUUUGAAUUCAUAAUUAAUCUUCUUUGAUUAAAACAUGAAAUAAAUACACGCUAUUAGUUUUCCUUUAAAUUAAGUUACUGAUAUAGCGUUUACUAAGGACUAAAACAGUUAAUUUAUGACUUAUUACAAAUUAUAUGUAAUACUAGAUUUAAUUUAAUAAGUGUAAAUUUAUAAGAUAAACUUAGCAACUUAGUUUACUGGAUCAAUCUAAACACUUCCCAUUCUUGUAGGAUAAGCUAGCUAAUUUUUGACCUAACAAAGCAAAACUUUAUUUUCUGAUGAAACAAAUACUAUUUUAGAUAAAAGUUCAUUAUUUUUGGUAAACAAUAACCUAUAAGCUAUAAAUAUUGAGAUAGAUGAAAUUUAAUAUAUUGUCAUCCCAUUUAAUUAGAAAAAUAUAUCUCAUACAAAUAAAAUGAGCAGUAUGGCUUAUUCUGAAGACUCUCUUUACCUUUUAACUUGUUCUGAAGAUGGCUAUAUAAUGGCAUGGUACACAUUAACAAGUUUAAAUCCAACCUUCCUCUAUAUGAUGAAAUAAAAUAAUGAAUACUGCAGAAAAAUCUUAAUCCAUUAGAAUAAUUGGGUAGUUGCUCUAUUCUCUCGUUCUAUUAUCAUUUUCUAAAUUAAAAAUUAAUAUAUCCGCUACACUUACCCGUUUAAUAAUCCAUCCACAGACUUAUCUCAAUUUAUUACUCAAUCUUCUAUUUAUAUUUUUUUAUUUUACGAUAGCAAAUUUGUAUUAAUAGAUGGGAAUAAUAUUAAUCAAAUUACUAUUGCAAAUUAUUUAGACAGUUAAAUAGUUUAAAUUUUUUCAGUUUCUGACACAAAAUUAAUAAUUCAAAAUAUUAAUAACCAGCUUUAAUUAUACCAAUUUGAUGAAAGUUAAUAAUACCUAUUUUAAUAAGUUUAAAAUAUGUAUUUCUAGAGUACAUAUGGUAGCUUCACAUAUGUUUAAAUAGAUAUGAUAUCAACUAAUGAUUUUGAAAUAAUAGUUGGUUGUUUAAACAGCGCAUUCAUUAUACUUAAUAGUUAAUUUUAGCCAUAACUAAUUCAUAUAAUGUAAAAUGGUUAUCCUUUUGAAAUAAAAAAAUUUUCUGACAAUAACAUAUAUAUAAUAUUUGGAUUUAAUGUUAAUGGAGCUUCUAAAUAUUUUCACUACGCAGUUUUUAGAUCCUCAAAUAAAGGUAUUUUGUAUGGUGCGAGUUUUAAUCUGCUUUUUAAUCUAGGGCUUCACGAAUUUAUUGAUUAUUAAAAAAAUACAAAUGUUCAAUAUCUAUGUACUUUACCAGUUUCAACACUUACAAUAAUUAUAAGAGGUAUGUUUCUCCCUUAAUCUUUAUCUUUAAGCUAUUAUUAUUUUACUUAUGCAUUUGGAAAACCUAUUUCAAGCUAUUAAACUAAAGAUAAUGGGAAUAUUCAAUAUUAUGGUAACUAAGAUGGGAACCUAAGCUAUGACUCAGUUGACUAUAAAAUUUAUAACUAAUUGAAAUUCAAUCCAUCGGUUAUUCCCGGAUCUGUUAGCUCAGUUUAGUCCAGUCCUUCAUUAGAAUUAAUAUUUGUUGUUCAUUAUCAAGUAGAUCUUCACAGUAUUUAUACCUAUUAGUAUGAAAGUCAAAUAAAAUUUAGUAGCUAAUAUGACACAGAAAAGGAGUCUAUAUUGAUGAGAAUGAUAAAAUCUUCUAUCUCUAUGGAAGUACUCUAAGAAUUUACAAUUUUGAUUUAUCUUAAAUAGUAGAGGUUACAAAGGAAGGCUCCAAAAGUUAUUAGCAGUGCAUAAUUACAAUGA